AUGGCUGGAGGAAACUGGACAAGAUUUAGUGAGUUUAUCCUCAUUAGUUUUUCUUCACUGCCAGCCGAAGUGCAGUCACUACUUUUCCUGACAUUUCUAAUCAUCUACUUGAUCACAUUAACAGGAAACAGCCUCAUCAUUUUCGUUACCUUGACUGAUCCCAUGUUGCAGAGUCCCAUGUACUUCUUUCUCAGGAACUUGUCCUUUCUGGAGAUUGGUUUCAACCUAGUCAUUGUGCCCAAAAUGUUAGGAACUCUGCUUGCCCAAGAAACAACUAUCUCCUUUUUGGGCUGUGCCACUCAAAUGUAUUUCUUCUUUUUCUUCGGAGUGGCUGAAUGUGUCCUCCUUGCUACCAUGGCAUAUGACCGCUAUGUAGCCAUCUGCAAUCCUUUGCACUACCCAGUUAUCAUGAAUCAAAAGACCUGUACCAAACUAUCUGUUGUCUCCUGGUUUCCAGGUUUCCCUAUCGCUACUGUACAAGCUACAUGGCUUUUUAGCUUUCCAUUCUGUGGCACUAAUAAAGUAAACCACUUCUUCUGUGACAGUCCACCUGUGCUGAAGCUGGUAUGUGCAGAUACAACACUGUUUGAGAUCUAUGCAAUUGUUGGAACUGUUUCAGUUGUCAUGAUACCCUGCCUGCUAAUUUUAUGUUCCUACACUCGCAUUGCUGCUGCCAUCCUCAAGAUUCCAUCAGCUAAGGGGAAACAUAAAGCUUUCUCUACUUGUUCUUCCCACCUCCUUGUUGUCUCCAUUUUCUAUGUAUCCUUAAGUCUCACCUAUUUUCGUCCAAAGUCUAAUAAUUCCCCAGAGAGCAAGAAGAUGCUGUCAUUGUCCUACACAGUUGUGACUCCAAUGCUGAAUCCCAUCAUCUACAGCUUGAGAAACAAUGAGGUGAAGAAUGCCCUUGUAAGGACCUUCCACAAGGCCUUUCAUCUUAAAAACUAUAUUCAAUAG